AUGGCUUCGAGUGGACCGCCGCCCUCUAGUUCUGAGAUGACCGCCCUCGAGCGUGUUCAUCUGCCUCGUGUCGCGAUCAAGUUCUGCACACAAUGUCGCUGGAUGUUGCGAGCUGCUUAUAGAAACCCCCUGGAAAAAACCCUACAGUUUGCCCAAGAACUUCUCUCCACAUUCGGGACCGAUCUGGGCGAAGUCGCUCUCGUCCCUGUAACCGGCGGCGUGUUCACAAUCACGAUCUGGCAUGCAGUCGAUGCCGACACCAGUGCCUCAAAUCAAAGUAAUUUGGCGAUGACGCAGGAGACUCUCCUCUGGGAUCGCAAAACUGAUGGUGGAUUUCCCGAGGUCAAAGUCCUCAAGUCGCGGGUGCGUAAUGUCAUUGCGCCUAAUCGGGAUCUGGGACAUACGGAUCGUGCGUUGAGGAAAGAAGAGGCGCAGAAGAAGAAUGACGAGGAGCAGGUGCCGGGGCAAAGACACCAAGGAGACAAGAAAAAGGACUGUGAAGACUGUGUCUGA